AUGAUCCACACCACUCCUCUGUCGACUCUGAUUUGCUGCCUCGCUGCUGCUGUCUCUGGUGACGACAAGCCUGGUAUGAUCGACUUUUCAAAGAAGCCCUUUGACGGUAAGUAUUUCGCCCGAUAUGGUGAACCGUCGAAGCUCUUCAUGAGAGUCACGGUGGACUCCGAGAAAGAGACCAUCGCGAUCUUGUUCAAGUGUGGACCAGAUCUCCAUCCAUAUGAUCACACAUUUCCUCUGGAGUCGGACCAUGAUUCAAACAACCUCAUCCUGAAAGACUUCAUUGACAAGACCAAAGAUUACAAAGAUAUGCUCAACUCCUUCAAGAGCCGCUGCCCCCGAUUCGGCUCGAGACCCCCUGCAAUUCCAGAUUUGGGGAAGUUCAAGGUUGCUGAAAGUCAUCCUGAAAAUCCCAGAUCACUAGAAACAGAGCUUGGUGGUGUUUCUGUGAAACUUCGCAUGCCUGAAUGA